GAUUUUAUCGAAGCCGUAUCAUGGCGACAGGAAGCGAUAUGAUUAACUCAGAUUCAAAAUUCAGGUACAACUACAAGAAAAUCUGAUUUAAAACAUUCACCUUCAGAUAUUUUAAAAAAAAUAUACCAUAUAAUUCCUAAAUGAUACAUUAUAAGUAAUAAAGGUAUCAUUUAGGCCUGCAAAGUAAAUGUAGGACAAAUACAAGCAGGCUGCUAUUUUUAGUUAAGUUAGCCUACUACUAAAAUUAAAAUAAAUAACUAAAAAAAAAAAAAACUUUUAAUAAUACUUAAACUUAAAAAGACUUAAUUUAAUUGUUGACUUAUUAAAAAUCUCCUUAUAACAAAUAAAUUUGAAUAUUAUUAUGAAUAAAAAUUUACAGUUGAAUAGUAGUAAAUACCAAAUUUAGUUUAAAUGUGGCACAGUCCAUUCAAUCAAUCAAAUCUAAAUUGAAUUUAAAUUUAGCCUUGGGCCUUAGCAUGCAGAGGCAUAGCGUGGUGGGGACAAGGGGGGGACAGAUGUCCCCGGCGCCAGCUAGUUAGGGGCGCCAAAAUGUGCUUUGUUAUUAUUUUAUUGAUGAAAAUAAUGGGUUUGAGAGUUGAAAAAAAAGAAAAAGGGGCGUUAAAAAUGGAUCUUGUCCCCGGGCGCCAAACACCCUCGCUAUGCCACUGUUAGCAUGCAUACUACUACAUUUACAUCUAAAAGUAAUUGACUGAACUGAAGGCUAGAUAGUGAUCACUUAUAUAAGACCACUUAUUAUUAUUAUUAUUAUUGAUCACUGAUCAAUCAAUGUCAUUAAUUAUGCCCCCCAACUCUAAUUAUAAUGGACAAAAUGGAGCGAAUACAACGCAACGCAGUGGGCUUUAUUGCAAGUGACUACAAAUCCACCACUCCUGGCUUCGACACUGGCCUCUUAAAAAGAUUUGACAUCCCCUCCCUCAAAGACAGACAAGGAAAGCUCCUUCUAACAUUUCUCUAUAGAGUGGUCACGAGGCUAGUACCGGCCAUUCCAGCUAACACGUAUCUAACCCCGCAGAAGCCAGGUCAAUUAAUCAGAGCCAAACGCUCAUUAAACACUGAUUUCACCUCUGACAACUCCAUGAGCAGCUACAUCCAGAACAAUGAUAAAUGCUUCACUGUGCCUCGGUGUAACACAGUUCAAUAUAAACAAUCAUUCUUCCCACAAACAAUAAUUGCUUGGAACCAACUGGACAAUGCCGCCGUGGACUUGACAUCAGUCGAGAAUUUCAAGGCUGCCCUGGCACCUGCUAGGAGCGGUUAGGAUAGCCGCAUUGUUUCCCAAACCGUUGCACAUAUGCCAGUACAUGGUGCAGCAAUGUAGUCUAUCAGAAUCAGAGACAUAUCUCUUUCAAUUUUAAGUAAUUGAAGUUUAAAGUAAAAUGCAAAAAAAAACAGAAAGUUUAAUUAAAUUAGAGAUUUAUAGUUAAGAAUAACAAACCAGUCUUUUCUUAAAUUUUGUGAAAUUGCUCAUUUUAAACUUAUUAUAAUUAUUCAGAUGUUAAGGGAUUUAAUAAUAACGAAACACUUUAUAACCUACAGUGAUAAUUGCCAUUUCCAGCUUCUCGAUAGAAAAAAUAAAAUUUUAAUUUGGGACAUUUUCAUACACCUCCACCCCAUGUAUUUUCCAUGGCACCAAACCUUAUUUGCAUGGAAUAAUUAACAAAAAGGUAUUUAUAUGAUUAUAUGCUUACCAAGUCAUUAUGAUAAUACUGUCAGUGACUCACAAAAUAUCUCAUAGCAUAAAUUUCAUAGAAUCACCGGAACACAAAAACUAAAAUGUCACUGAUGAGAAAAGCAAUUAUUUAAGGGACAAAUGUGACAUAGUAUGCAAAUUUCUAAAGAUACCAUGUAACCAUACACCAUAUUGUAGAACAAGUUUUUUCAAAAUUUUAGGACAUACUCAGUAUGAUACGCAGAGAUGUUUCAAGGUACCUAAUAUAGGUGUUGUAUAAUCUAGAGGGUAGUGACUUACAAAUUACCUGGGCCUGGACUUGAGUGAAGCCAAUAUAUACUAUUAAUUUAUUAAUAAUUCCUGCAGCAAAAUUGUCUAAUGUUACAGCAUUACUUAAAGAGUAGUUGCCGUGUAGCUGACACUACUGACAGUUUUCAAUUUGUUUAUUUUAUAAACUGUAGAAAAUCAGGUCUUGAGGACUAUAGCCUUUCUUGGUUCCAUAAAUAAGCCUAAGAAAAAUAUAAAGAAAAGUUAAAGAAAAAGACAAUUAUAAAGCUUCCACAUGGGCCGGUGAACAAUGGCGCACUUUAGGGAUGCGAUUAACUUUUUCCUUGCCAAUUGACAGUAUAUAUAUACUGUCGAUUUGACUGGUCGCGUUCGUGCCAACCCACAGUAUACUGUCGAUAUCAUGUAUGUAGUUUAUUUCGUUUCUUGUGGCUCUUAAUCCGAAUUUUUUUGUUCUUAAACGAAGGAUAACUCUUACUACUUCCUUUUUUUAAGAAGUAGGGCAUGUUUGCAUGUGUUUUUUCUAAUAAUAGUUCAAUUUGUGUUGAACCUUCUGUAAACAAAGCCAUGGCCACGCCCACUCCAAGCAUGUCAGCUGUUGCUAGACCACGUGGGUAGUUAAUUUUGCAAACAAAAGAAUCAAGAACUUUUAUUGCUAAUUAUUGAUGCUGAAACAACAGACAAUAACCAUGAAUCAUUUGAGUCUGAUUCCAAUGAUGAUUUUCAGCAUUCUGAUGGGUCGGUAAAUGCCGAAUGGAAAUAGUAAUAGAAUGGUGAUAGUAAUAGUAAUAGUGGUGACUGUCGGCACUUUCAUAAAAAUUUCAAAACAUUUUUUAAAAUAUAAAAAUACCACGAAUGUAUAGAGCUUAGAGAAUGGAUUUAAAAAAACACCCAGAUCAACUUUCUAGCUCAAGUAGUUCAAAAGUUAUGAAUUUUUUUCAAAACCACUUUGUUACUAUAGCAACUAUGAGGAUUCAGAUAAGAAUACUCCUAAUGUUACAAAAAUGGGUAUAACUCUGUAACAAAAUGGAAUAUUUUCAAAAUGUAAAGUAAAAUGCAUUAUGAUCAAAAAUGGAUAUACUUUUUGGGGAUAGAACCAGAAUAGGACAUCAGCUACACAGACCGUAUGGUAGUCUGAUAAGUUCAGAUUUGGUGUGCAAUUUUAAAGAUUUGAAAAAUUUGAUCUCACAAUUUUACCUAAAAAAUUUAACUUAUUGUUGUUAUGUUGUUUUAUAUUUUACAUAUUAUUAUUCUCUGUCUAAUUUCCUUUAAUUUGCUAAAAGAAAUGUAUUCAAAAUUAAUUAAUAGAUAGGAGCACCCUAAAAAAUUUCCAUUGGCCGAAUACUGGUCUGGCACGAACAUGGAAAACCCCCUGGCAUGGAAAGAGUUAAAACUUUUAAUUAAAAACUCAUUAGUGCGUGCAUUACAAAUAAAAAUGUGUGGACAGACUAGAGAGCAUUUAUGUCACACAUUAACCCAAGAGGGUCUAUAACUUGCCUCCUGGCUGAUUUCCUGUGGUAAAAUGACAAUCCCUAGAUACUACAACUUGAGUAAAAGUCAAAAUUCUGUACCAAAACCCUAAAUACUUAUAUGUGUCCAUUUCCGUUUUGUCUCGAUACACUUUAUAUUUCUAUAAGUUAAAUGGUUUUUGAGAUAUUUUAAAUAGAGGGGGUUGGAACCAACCAUGGAGGAAUGUGAAAACUCCCUUAAUUAUUUAAUUUAAUGUUACAGUACCCUCUAACGAUAUAGACUUGUAAAUAUAUUAAGGCAUAGCGAAUAAAAUCUUCUUUCCAACUAGAUAUAAUUCAUAGCAUAAUAUGCUAGGGUUCCAGAGAAAUAAAUUAUUGAACUUGCACCAAAAGCACUCACAGUGGUUCCCAAUAUUUAAGUAUUUUAAGUGAUGGGGAGAAGCCGUAUACGACAUGUUUUGAUACCUUAAACCAGAGGUCAAAUUCCAACACAGUGUUAGGCGCUAAACUCUGUUUUGUAACAGCAUGUCCUAGAGUGCCACAAGUAGCCAUGACAAUGACGCCACACAUGUUAGUUAAUUAAUAUGUUAACUUUUUAAAAUUAUGAAGACAGGAAUGCAUCGAUUCAAUUUUUUUCUCCAGCUUAUGCAAGUUUCUAAAUGAAAGGAUAAUAGAAGUAAAUAAAAACCGAGAUGUCCUUGAAAGAGAAUGUAGCAUAAUUCGAAGUCUUUUAAAACCAUGGUAAGUUAAAUAUUGUAUAUUAAAUUAUGCAAUUAAUUUAACCACAAAAAAACCCAACAAAGGCAAUAUGACUAUAUAAUAUAAAAAACAACAAUUAAAAGGUAAUAUUGAAAAAAAAUGUAACAUACUAAUAUAAUUCUUUUGUUUGAACAGUAACAAAUACUGGCUUAUUUUUUAAAUUCAAAGUUAUAUUAAAAUAUAAAUAACCAGAUUUAUCAUUUCAGGCCUAAGAAAAAAGAGAAAAAGACAGAAAUGGAAAGUGAAUUCAACCUUAAAGAAAAUAUUGGUAACUCAGAAUUAGGUAAGUUGUUUUCUUGUAGUUAUUGGUAAGUUGGAUAUUGUGAUUUUCAAACAAAUGAGUUUAUUUUUUACGUGUAAAUUUAAAACUUUAGCAUAUCUUACUGCAGACAUUUAUUUAAUUGUGUUUUUGCACUCUUCUUACCGGUACUGACAUUUUUCUUCAUUUGAAAAUAACUCGUUUUUAUUUUUUACGGUAGUUAAAACUUUUAUAUACAUUAUCUUACUCAUAGGGGUGGUGGUUUUGCAAUCCUCAUACUGACUUUUUACUUCAUUUGAAAAAUAACUAGUUUUUGCCAUGGUCAUUUUUUUUUUAAUGAAGUAAAACGAACAGCUGAUUUACUGAGUACAGAAGAAAAGCAAGCUCUUCAACAAGUUGAUGUCCUGCUACGCAAAGCACAAAAUACACGCCAAUUGAAGGUUGGAUAAUAUCUCAAACUUCUUUUUUUCUACCUUCUACCUGUUAUGGCAUAGAUUUCAAGCCAGCUAAAAUUUGACUUUAAAAUAUAAAUAUAAGAAUGUAUUAAAUUGUCAGAGGCUCUCAAAUGGUAUUCAACAGAAUAUAAAUUUAAAAUUUGCAGUUGCAAGUUUACUUAAAUUUAUGCGAAUUUAAUAUGUUUAAAAAUUAUAUGAUAAUUUGUUUUAUUGUUUUAAAAUCAUCAAUAAUGAGCCAUCUCUCUUGUUUUUUCUUAGGCAAAUGAUUCUAUAAAGCAUGGUGCCAAUGUAAAUGUGCAGACUGCAUCAAAUCUAGAAAAAUUGUCAGUAGUUGCUACCCAUGAAGUCUCCACUCCAUCUAAUGAGCAUCUUCAGGUUACCAAUGCUAAAAUUGAGAAAAAAUCGACGAAACAAAACUCUCUUAAAAAUAGCAGGUGUUCCUCUGCUGUCGAGAAUACUUCAUGCAGCUUGGGUUCAGUUUCAGGGACAACUGACAGUAAAAAAAAGUUACAAACUCCUACAAUAUCAGUAGAUAAAAGAAAAGCUUCAGAUCGGGGGAUAUCCCGGUUGAUUUCAACCCAGAAACUUUCCAGAUCAUUUAGUGCUACUGGUCGUCCUGGAAUUAACAGCAGUCACUAUGUUCCAGCACACAAGCUGGCUCCUUUUAAAACCCAUGAAAAUACUGGUACUUCCAUGUCAGUGUCAAAAUAUAAUAAAAAAAAACCCCAUACUGCUAAACUGGCAAGCUUGAAUAGUUCAAAAUCGAAAACUGUGAAUGGACAUAAAACUCUUCCUGGAAUCUCAUUAGAAAAUGUCAAAGAAGAGAUAACAAAGCACCAAAAUAAAAAUAAUUCAAAAACUAAUUUGGACAGUGUUUCUGCAGACAGUUCUAAUGAUCAAUACAUUACUCGAGCUGACUUGCCUGCACACACCUUGUUGGUAAAUGACAGAAUCUCGAGUACGCCACCACCAGAGCCAAUUAUUACUAAUGCUGAAGGGCUGAAGGGAGUGACUAAUUUUCAAGCUGAUGAAAAUUUUUCAUCGGACUUAUCAUCUAAUGCAAAAACUUUCACUCUUCAAGCAAAUGGGUAUGUGUAAAUGCUGAUAUUUGCUAGAUUUUACCAUUAAUUUUGACUUGGAGACUCAUUUAACUUUGAAAUUCUUCAUUUUAUUGAUCAAUAAAUAUAAAUUGUGGUUUAUCUCCUGAAUAAGAUUACAGGGUUGCCCUAACAAUCAGCCAAACUAAUGAAUUAGGGCUGUAACGAUUAGGAUGGCAUACAGUCAUACAAAAUACAGACGACGUAAUAAAUGAGUCCCCUUUAUAGUAAUUGUUUUCAUAUAAUAUAUGAAUAAAAAGAAAUUGUAAACAUAAGAAAAGUUAUGACAUUGAAAAUAGAUAUAUUAACAUUUAGUUAUGGAUUAAUAUUCAAUGCAUUAUAAUAUAAAUUGAAACAUAGCGCCCCUCAUGACCUUAGGGUAGCAUGUUUGAAUUCCUCUGGCUCUUUCCAAUAUAUGGUUUAAUAAGCUGGUUGGAUCAUAAAGCAGCUAUUUUUAAGGAGGAAGAGAAUUCUGAAUAAACCACAGAAGUCGCAAGACAGCAGCCAGGAUUAAAAAUCAUCCAAAAUUACUGUAGGAUACAGCUAUCUGAAUUAACUAAAAAAAUUUGCAACAAAGUACAUAAUGCAUUCAUAUAUUUUGGAGGUGAAAAAACUGAUUAAUGAACACACCUGGUUAUGAAUUCAUUGGGCUCAAUUUUUUUUCAGUCGUAACUUAAAACUUCCAGCAAAAUUGAUUCAACUUGUUGAAAAAAAUCAAACAUUGCGAAACAGAUGCUCUGCAGCAAAGAUGAUUAAACAAGUGCGUGAAAACGAUCCGGCCCAGCAAUAUAUUGAAAAACUAGAAUCACAGGUAAAAUACUCUGCUUUACUUUUCAUUUAAAAAAUAGCUGUUUUCUUUAACUGUUAACACUGAUGUUUUUAGAUACAGGCUGUCCUAGUUGUAUUAAAAUAAAUGCUACUUUAACAAUAAAGUGCAAUCUCACAAUAAUUUCAGUAUGAAGUGGGUCAAGAAUUAUGGACCCGUGUUUCUGCUCUCACUUGCUUAAAGUCUCACCAAAUUUUGUGGGACACUCUUGAAAGUCUGCACUUGGAAGAGAUUUCAGGUAAAUCCUAAAUCAGCACAAUUCAUUUUAAUAACAUAGAGUUAGAGCAACCUCUAUUGUUAGAUCAGAUCAUCUUUUUUAGAAUUUGUUAACUAAGCAAUAAUCAGAGGUCAAUUUUUAAAUGCCUAGGUUUAUGUUGGGUAUUGAACGUUAUAACAUAAUUAUAUAAAUUUGAGACAAUAGUUAUUCACCAUAUCCAGAAAGUGCCCCAACUGAUGUUAUUUUAAGAGCAAAAAGAAUCUUGGAAUUCAUCCUUUCCACUUUUGCAAGAUUACAAAAGGAAGCUGUUUAUUUUUCAAAAGGUAAUUUUUUUGCUGGUUAAUUAAUUUAAUAUACCGGUACAGAUUUUAGCAAAUAAGAAACAUUCAAGACAUCUAUAAAUUAGCUAUGCACUGAUGGUGCUUGUUGUUUUAGAAGAUUUUGAGAAAGGAAGUGGGGGUGGUCUUGGUAGAAUGCUUGUCGAUUUAUGCACACAUUCUGCAAUAGAUAAUUAUUGUGAAAUUCUGACAGUCCUUAAAUAGCCAUAUUGAUAUCUCUAAUAAACUCUUGCCUAAAAAUCUGUUCAUUUCAUUCAUAAUUAUUUUACGAAGGCUAUAAAAUAAUUACCGCACUGUUUCUUAAUUAUUGUUAUACUAUUGCUUUGUUUUACAAAUGUGAUAUUGUUGGUUUGUGUUUUCACAAAUGAACUUAACAGAUAUAGCAACAGUAAUAUUUAUCCUAGAGACAACUUAAAGUCAAACUUAGAUAUUUGUUUCUUUAUACUUACUAGUAUAUAAUUAGUAACCAUUAUUUUGUUCAAUUGAACCAAAGAUUAUAUUUUGUAAACCAAACAGAGAGCCAGAGUGAAACUGAAAACCUGUGACACAGUUUUUUAAGGAGGUUAUGGUGACUUAAGAAUUAUUCUUUUAGAACUUAUCUUUCAAUGCUAUUUCAUCUAAUAUUGCAUUAAUACAUCAAUGUUUUUCUCUUUUUUGUUUUAAACAAAGAUUUACCUUUUUACUUUUACAGUUAAUAAAUAAUCUCUUUCAGCCCAAUUUACGAACCCCUCUUUAAUGGGGCUAAUGCCAAAAGGUGAUCAUGUACCCGACCAAUUGUGGCUAGAUGCUGAACAAAAUAUUAAAGGUACUUUUGCUAACAGUACUAACUAUACAAUACCAUUCUUAGUAGUAUAAUUAGAAUGUGCCACAUGACUGGUUUCAGUCAUAAUAGGACUAAUACUGAUAACCUGGCUUAAACUUAUUCGAAUUUAACUUUUAGUUUAGGCGUUAAUUUAAAAUCUGUCAAAUUCAAAUUCUAGACUUCUUUUUUUGUUGUUGUUGCUAAUUCAUUUUUUUAAAUUCUCCAUUUACAGGGCAAAGCUAUUUGCAGUAUUACCUUAACAGUCACAAGAGAUGGACACAAAUGAAUUUUACUGAAAAAUACCUGAAGCUUCAGAUUUCUAUAGCUGAACUUGUUCAAUCAGAGUGGUGGGACUUUCUUAAGUCUGGAUGUCAGUAAGAAAAAUUAUUUUUUACUUAUACAAGUAGGCUACCGGUACAAGAAAAAGUUUGUACAAUUUGUACAAGAAAAAGAUGUCCACACACAAUAUUAUUUACAUCUCAUCAAUAUUUGUACCGUACUGAAUAUAUACUCCUGUAUGGUGCAUUUACUUAGUAUUGUCACCACUAAUUUAUGUGGGGCAUGUGCCAUUUCAUGGACAACCUUGAACCAGGCACCAAUUAACCUUAAAUCCAAAGAAGAAUGGAGGGAAUUACCAUUAUAUUAUGUAUAUGACUCAUAUGACAUAAAAAAAUACUUUUAAAUAUAUAACAGUUCCAUUCUUUAGCAUUUGACUCUAAAUUUAUGGUUUUAUUUUUUGUGAGGUAGGUUCUUAUAAUGGCACAUAUUGGUCCAUAGUAUUAAUAACUGGUAACAUAUAAUUAUAUUUGUGUGUCAGAUUUUGAUGAGAUUUUAUUUUUUUCAGGGAGCCCAGCGUACUCCAGUCAGUUUAUGGUUUAAUGACAACAAGUGGAUGUGUUUUACCAGCCUUUGUGAAAAAUCUAGAUAGUUUUGAUUACUGAAUAGUAAUAAAUAAUAAACACUUAUAUUGGUUAUCUAAUUAUUAUAUUUAUAUAUAUAAAACAGUAUCUAUACAUGACACAUGUAUGACUGACCAUAUUUGUACUAAACUUUAUUUAAUUUACAGCCUCAAAAGCUUUUUGUUGCAAAGCUAGACCAGUGGUAUUACUAUAACAAAGAGUGUACCAGGGGUAUUGCUUACUUAAUGGGGGAGUAUUGAUGCCCUCAUGCCAAAAA